CACAUUUCUAAUCACACCUGACGAAACUACGCGCAAGGAUAAAGAGGAACUAUAUUUUAUUCACAGCAUAGGAACGAAAGACGCAGGUCGUUUCAAACGUAUCAGAAAUGGGGGACAAUGAAUGCAGAAUUUACGUUGGAAACCUUCCCCCAGACAUCAGAACAAAGGACAUUGAAGAUUUAUUUUAUAAGUUUGGUCGCAUAACCUUCAUCGAUCUGAAAAACAGGCGAGGUCCACCUUUCGCAUUUGUACAAUUUGAUGAUCCAAGGGAUGCUGGGGAUGCAGUGCAUGCACGUGAUGGCUACGACUAUGAUGGCUAUAGACUGAGAGUAGAAUUUCCAAGGGGAUCUGGACCUGGUGGCCCUCGUGGAGGUGGAGGCGGUGGACGUGGUGCAAGGCGGGGAGGACCCCCCUCAAGGAGAUCAGAUUACAGAGUUUUGGUGUCAGGAUUGCCCCCAACUGGAAGCUGGCAGGAUCUGAAGGACCACAUGCGUGAGGCUGGAGAUGUUUGCUAUGCAGAUGUAUUCAAAGAUGGGACAGGGGUGGUGGAGUUUCUUAGAUAUGAAGACAUGAAAUAUGCUGUGAGGAAAUUGGAUGAUUCCAAGUUCAGAUCUCAUGAGGGGGAAACUGGCUACAUCAGAGUGAAAGAAGACUACAGUGGGCGGGGUAGUGGUGGCUCCAUGGGAGACAGUAUGGGACGAGGUGGUGGUAGAGAUCGUUCAAGAAGCCGAAGUUUUUCACCCCAGAGGCGCAGUAGAGGGUCACCAAGCUAUUCACCAAUGAGAAGAGCUUCCCCAUACUGAGUUAUGCAGUAUAAUUUUCACAGCAUAAUCUGUGUUGUGCUUUGACUGUUGUAUAACAUUUAUAGAGACUUUGAUCAUGUAAUGAUUUAUAAAGUAAAGUGGACCAGAGGUUUCCAAUGUAAACUUGAAGUAAAAGUGGUUACCUUAAGAAAAUGAUUCUUCUAUAAGUAGACAAAUUAGUUUUUAAUUGUACUUUGCUUGGCAUUUUAACAUGAAAAUAUUUUUUUAGCUCUUAGAAACUACAUGAGCAGAGAUACAUUGCUUCAAAUAAUGAAGAUAAGUACUGAGUUGAAUGAUUUGAGAAAAGAUUUGAGAAAGUUUUAUUGCAUGGUCUUACUGCAGUUUUGAUCUGAGAGGUUACUUCCUGUACUUGCAUCUCCCUAGAAUGAGUGUUGUGUGAAUGGUUGGUUGAGAUUCUUGCACAUAACAUCCUCAUUGCUACAAUAAUAUGUAUUUCACAAGCUAAUUCACGAUUUUAUUUCUAUUUGAUAUAAGGUGCUUGGGAGUCUCCUGCCAUUCUUUUACUGGAUGCGGAAAUACAGGGAUCAUAUUAGUAUAUAGGAUAGGAGGAUUUAAACAUAGGAGGAAACCUCAGGAUCCACUAGGAUCACUGGAUUGUUUGGGAGAUAGGAAUAUUCUGGAUCUUUGGAUGAAUAUAAAUUCAUUUCUUUCUAAAUUGAUUUUAACUUUUUGUUAGUUGAAAAAGAAGGCAUAUGGCCAUAAUAAACAUUCAGAAACAAGUUAAUUUAACAUUUGACUGUAAUUCAUUCCACUGAAAUCAAAUUGAAAAUAUUUUGGAGAUAUCCUUUUACCUUUGCUCAAGAUAAAACUGGCCACACUGAGAAAAUGGAUCAAAUUUGGAAAGAUUCUCAAAAAACCAUUGGAUGGAGCCGUUGUGAACAAAUCUCACAAACUAAAAACACUUUAAAAAGUUUGGGAAUGAAGCAACUGGGUACUGGAGGUCUUAUCUAGGAGAAAUCUUGGGAUUCCAAAAACUAAUAUUAGGAAUAGGAAAAGAUCUUAACUCUGCAUCAGGAUUGAUAAUAUUAUAACAUGGAAGGAGACCUUUAACAUAGUUCUUGCACUUUCAGUAGGAUAAGGAAACAUUUUUGGGAAGGAAAUUGCGAGGGAAAUGUGGAACACCUCAUUAGGAAAGGAAAGUGGGCCCAUACAGGAAAUGAUGGUAUAGUAUUAAAAUUGGUUACAUGUUGGUUUUAUAUCUAUAAUAUUGGCCCUUCUUUUACAGAUAACCUUCUGUGUAUAUUGUGUUAAUUGUGCACUUGUCUAGUCUCUUGUGUGUUUGAAUGUUGAAAGUGUGGGAGAGUGGAUGGUAAGAUUGGCCGAAUUUGACAGCACUGGUAAAAAGUCAGCUUGAGCACAUCUCUGGGAUUGUAAUUUUUUUAUAAUUUUGAAUAAAAUUUGUAAAUGAAUCUUA